UUGUAAUAAAAGAUGAAGAUUUCAUACACCUCAAACUCAUUUGGCUUAUUCAUCAUCUUCACUGCACUCCUAUGCAUAUACUUUGCCAUUCAAAAAAAUAAUACAUCAUCAUUCUCAAGUAUAUCUUCAACCGUGGAGAACACAACCAAUAAAUAUUCUUCCAUAUUGGGUCCUAAAUUUGAUAAGCUUCCAAAUCAAGAUGAUGUUAUACAAUUAUUUCAACAAUGGAAGAAAGAACAUGGACGAGUCUACGGUGACCUAGAAGAGAUGGCAAAGAAAUUUGACAUUUUUGUUACAAAUUUGAAACAUAUUAUAGAGACUAAUGCAAAGAGAGACUCGCCGCAUAACGUUGUUCUUGGUCUGACCAACUUUGCUGAUUGGAGCUUCAAGGAGUUCAAUGAAAUAUACUUGAAUAUCGACAAUGAUGACACCACAGAUAUUGAGAUGAACGAUGAUGUUGAUGAAUUAACAUGUAGCAAUCCACCUUCAUCCUUGGAUUGGAGGUCAAAAGGAGUUGUCACUCCUGUUAAAGAUCAAGGCACUUGUGGUUCUUGUUGGGCAUUCGCGGGUAUAGGUGCCAUUGAAGGAAUAGUAGCAAUAAUAACGAAUAAUCUUACCCGCCUCUCAGAGCAAGAGGUUCUGGAUUGUGACAAUAGAAGUUAUGGUUGUGCAGGUGGAGCUUCGCCGUUAGCGUUCAUGUGGGUUAUAGAAAACAAAGGAGUUGCGUUGGAGAAAGAUUAUCCUUAUAGGGCAGGGAAGGGUGUUUGCAAUGCCUCAAAGAUUCCAAAUAGUCCAAUCAGUGCCAUUGAUUCAAUUAAUCAGGUGACCAUAUCAGAGAAGGGACUAGUGUGUGCAGUUGCGAAGCAACCAAUUGCAGUGAGUUUUGAUGUCGAACAAGAUUUUCAACAUUACACCGAUGGAAUAUAUGAGGGUCCCAAUUGCCCGGUUGAUUCUAUAAAAACAAAUCACGCCAUGUUAAUAGUAGGUUAUGGUUCGAUAGACGGUGAAGAUUAUUGGAUCGUGAAAAAUUCAUGGGGAACAAGUUGGGGAAGAGAUGGUUAUAUAUUUGUAAAAAGGAACACCGAUAAAAAAUAUGGAGUGUGUGCAAUCAACGCAAAGGCUUAUAACCCAACAAAAAAUAAGUGAAGAAAAAUAAAUGUCAAAAUAAAAGUCCUAAUAAGUUUCAUUAAGUGGAUAAAGAAUAAGUUAAUGAAACACUUAAGUCUAGAGUUUAUGUUUGGGUAUACUAGAUGUUUUUAUGAACAUGUUUGUUCCUCUGAAUUCCAAAGUUGUUGAGCAUAAAUAAAUAAAUCAAUUGAAAGAUAUUGAAGUUUCACGCUGAAUAAAAUUAUAUAAGUUAUGACAAUAAAA